CCAAUUGCAAUCUCCUAUCACGACAAUAAUUGCUCCAAAAUGAUUAAUUAAAUUAGAACGAGAAAUAAAUCAUAGUGCACAACCAUUAAUAAUUGUAUGGAUCCCAGAAUAAAGUGAUAAAUCUCUUAUAUAUAAUACUCGCCUAAUCACUGUUUGAAUUAACCCAAUCUCCAUCAAUAAUGUGUACAUAAAUAUUAUUAGGGAGGUGACAAUGUUGAUUAUAACUCGAUAAAUCUUCAUCGAGGAAGACUUCCUGCAUUAUCAGUGAUGACUCUAAAAUAAAAAAAUAAAAAUACCGUGUUUUCAUCUAGUGAUUGACAAUUAGAAAUGGCCUCAGAGGCAACUCCUAUUGACGAUGAAAUUGUGGAGCCAGGGAUUGAGCCUGGAGCAUCCACGGAGACGAUGCUGGUAACUACUAACAGUUUUGAGGAGUACGAGCAAGAAAUACGGAGUAGCAUCGAUGAUAGGAAAAAAGAUGCUGGAGCAUCUCCUGAGGAAGAUGAGAGAAAACUUUUCAACAGUGAGAACCUGAUGAAUCUCAAGAGGAAUCCAUCCCUCAAUGAAUCAGACCUGGAGGAUGUAACAAAUGAACUCAGUCAAUGCAAUCUCGACACUGAUCCUUUAAGAUGCAAAAAGUGGUUGGCACAGAAAAAACAUAUAUUUGUGCUGAGUCAAGCUGGUAAGCCAGUUUAUUCGAGGCACAGUCCAGAGGACAAACUUGUGACUGUGAUGGGAGUGAUGCAGGCUCUGGUCUCUUUCGUUCAGGCUGGCAACGAUAUGAUAAGAUCAGUCCACGCUGGUAAUACAAAUUUUGUUUUUCUCGUUAAAGGGCCACUCAUCCUAGUGGCAGUCUCGAAAACUCUCGAGAGUGUCCCUCAGCUUGCUCUCCAGCUCACCUACGUGUACAAUCAGAUUCUCUUCGUUCUUACUCAGUCUCAACUCACCAGAGUCUAUGAUCAAAGAAGAAACUUCGAUCUCCGGAGAUUAUUAACUGGAAGUGAAAGACUGAUUGAUCAUCUGCUGAAUUUUAUGGACAGAGAGCCAGCAUUUUUUUUGGGGGCUGUCAAGUGCCUACCCCUGGUCCCAUCCAUGAGGGACUCCAUCACCCAGACCAUCAUUCAGACAUGUGGCAAAAUAAAAAACCUUGUAUUUGCCAUUCUCCUGGCAAACAAUCAGCUGGUGACUCUCGUGAGGAUGAAGAAAUUUUUUAUACACCCUGCAGAUCUGCAUUUGAUCCAGAACCUCAUCGACAGUUCGGAGUCAUUCAAGACGGCUGAAGGUUGGACACCAAUUUGCCUUCCUAAAUUCGAUGCCAAUGGAUUUAUGCAUGCACAUGUAUCCUAUCUCGCUGAGGACUGUCAAGCAUGCCUUCUGCUCCUCACUGUCGACAGAGAUGUCUUCUCGACACUCUCAGAGGCGAAGCAGAAAAUCGUCGAGCGAUUGAGAAGGACCAAUUGCUUGGAGGCGAUCAAUGAAUCAAUGAAUAGGGUAUCUGUUACCACUGCCGAUAUUGGCUUGUCCGAGAUGCGUCACGUACUCUAUAAAUGCCGAAGUACUGCACAAUUCUGGAGUCCUGGGUUUCAACCACCUUAUGUCAAAGAUGAGGAGAUUGAGAGAUUAUUGGGGCUGUACCAGUGUCUCCAUCAUCGUUUACAUGCCCCCAGUCGUCCACUGAAAUUAAUAUUCCAGCAGUUGGAUAAGGAGACAAUGCUCGCAUGGGUAACUUCUGGAUUUGAAUUAUACGUAACGUUCGAACCCCUAGUAACUAAACCAGACGCCAUAAACGCAGUGAGCAAACUCCUGAAUUGGAUAGAGAAGGAGGAAGACAGACUGUUCAUCCUUAACUCACCGACAUUCUGAAUAAUAUUUAAGAUAAAACCCUCCAAUGAACAAAAACAUUAUCCAAUAACCAAUGGUCAAAGAACCGAUGUUUAAAUCGAUGAUUAUUAUGUAAAUAAUGAAUUAAGACACUUCUAGUGGAGUUUUCUCAUGUAAAAAAUUCAUUGAUUCAUAGUUGUACAGAGCUACACAGAACUGAGAAAACAGAUAUUCAAUGAUUCUAUGUAAAUAGCAAAUGAAGAAAUGAUUGUAGGAUAUCUAGAAGAAUGCCCUCAAUAAUUCAAUUAUGUUAUAUACAAAGAUGAAAAAUGGAAAAUUGAAAUAAUUUCGUGACUGAAUCAA